ACGACAGCGGCUACGUUCAAAUCGAAUUACAAAAUUGACAGAGUAGACAGAAUUCAAUCGUGCUUUUCCGACGAACCUGCCAAAACUAGAGUGAUGGUGAACUAAAGCGUAAGCAACAGCCCAAAUUGGAUCGGGUCCAACAUCAGAAUCGCUUCUUUUACGAAUAUGUAACUCGAAUUAACUAAACAGACCUCCAUCCCCUGACACGGAAAGGUUAUCUCACUUUUUCCUUUUCGUAGAAUAAUGCACGUGCACGAAAAAUAUUUCAAACAUCGUUCGUACAGGUAACUGUAUUAUAUAAUUUCCCAUCGUUACACUGAAGGACACUAUGGCGGACACAGAGGACCCAGAGGAAACCUCUGCACCCCAAGAAUCAGACUACGAAAUUCCAGGGAUACCCGAGGAUUCAAAGUCGAGUACCACGAGUGCCUCGAAGAGUUCGCCCAAGAUGUCAAAGAUAGAGUCCCUCGUUACUACAAUUCUACAAAAUGGAUCACCUUCGGCAUCAGUGGUAAUGCCACCUCCAGAUGAUCUACCUAGAGACCCAAGUAUCCAGAGUCAACAAGAGGAAACAUCCAUCUUGGAAGAAACAUCCAAGAGUCAGGAAGAAUUGAAAAAGUCUCAAGAACUUCCUCUGAAUGGAAAGAAAACCUCAUUGGAUCAACUGAGCAAGGACAUGUUCCAGAAUGGCCAGAAGCCUAGAGCGGCUAGAUUGCAUCGACAGUGCCAGCGUCGAUUCCGGGAGCUGAUCGGCAAACGAGAAAUGAAGAACGAAGAGCUGGAGAAACAACAGGGUGACCUGAAGCACCGUCUGAAUAUCCUGGAGUGCUCUAUGCCCGCGGUGAUGGUGUGGAACAUAUGGCGGAUGAGCCAGGGGGCAUGUGUACCUAGCAUUAAACAAGUGUUAGAGAAGUCGUUCCAAGGCCCUGCAUCCGGAGAAGUGUACUGUCCGAGCACGCCUAGUCGCCAUUUCGACUGCAGAGUCAGGGAGGUUGAGGCCGAGAGGAAGCAGGCGCAGAAGAGGGCGGAAGAGGCUAGGACUCUUUGGGCUGAGAAGGCGGCUGCGUUGGAGGAGAAAAAUAAGAAGCUGGAUGAAGCUAGGAAGGCUCAAGAACAGAUUAAAGAGAACAUAGAGAAAUUGAAGAUCGAGGCUCAGAAGCUACGGGAGGCUGCUGCCGCUAAGAUGAAGGACGAUGGUGCCUGCGAGUCUGGCGAGUGUGGCGUGAUAGAAUGCAAGAAAAAAUGGCUGGACAAAGUGCCCAGCAGCGCGUCCAUCAAGUCAACGGACAUCGAGUGCCUGGAGGAGCUCCAGCAGCUGGCAGAGACCGAGCUGUGUAUGAAAAGGCAGAUCGCCGACCUGGAGCGUCGAGAAGAGGCCUACAUGAGGACCCUCCAGCAAGCUGAUGAGCUAUGGUCGAAACUGCAAGGCGACGCGGCCAGCACAAUGAGCACUCUUCAAGAACAGUUGGAUGUAAAGACGGCUGCCAAUCAACAGAUGGCUGAUCGAAUCGUUCAGCUGGAGGACAUAUUGGAGAAGCUAAGAACAAGAAUGGCAAAUUGCAGGAAUGAGCUGGAGAAGUACAUGAGUAUAGGAAAGAUAGAGGCCCUGAUAGGUAGAGAUGAUGACUUCGCUGAUGUCGUUGAACAAAAGACAUCUUCUGAAGUGCUUCGGUCGGAUCAGAAGGUGGGAAGCAAGUAUAGUGUAGCGACAGUGGAAGAGAAAGGGGUUCUAUCCAAGGCAGAAGUGUCAGAGAAGGAUGCCCUGGCCAAACCAGACUUUGCAGAUCUCACUACAAGCGUUCAAUACGACGAUUUGACUGUAGAAGAGAAACAAAAGCUGGAAGCAGCUAAAAAUUACCUGGCUAGUUAUGGAUCGCUUUCGGAACUAUUCACUGACGAUGACUAUGUCUGCGCUCCAGACUUCAUUUGCAACGACCAGGUAUUCACAGAGACUGGACUAACUGAAGAAGAACUGAAAGCUUUGAAGGAAGGACGCGUGACAGCAGAGAUGUUGCUGAAGAAGUUUGAGGAAGCAGAUGAAAUAUCUGAAGUAACAGUUGGCGGAAUUUCAAGUGCAAUGAGCAAGACGAUCAAACAUACAGAAGAUAGUAAGGAAGCUGUGGAACUCUGCGCUCCAGACUUCAUUUGCAACGACCAGGUAUUCACAGAGAGUGGACUAACUGAAGAAGAAAUGAAAGCUUUGAAGGAAGGACGCAUGACAGCAGAGAUGUUGCUGAAGAAGUUAGAGGAAGCAGAUGAAAUAUCUGAAGUAACAGUUGGCGGAGUUCCAAGUGCGAUGAGGAAGACGAUCAAACAUACAGAAGAUCGUAAGGAAGCUGUGGAACUAGUAUAUGAAGUGGGGGAAGAAGAGCUUAUUUCGGUUGAUGAGAUUACCAUUAAAAGUGACAGAAAAAUUGAUGAUGAAAAAGAAACUCCAGUCACUACCCUAGAAGAGACAGAGAUUGAUGCUGUACAGGAAGCUUUUAUUGAAGCCCCUAUGCCUGAAGAAGAAAUUGUAGAAGGAAUGACUACUGAAGCUGAAGUAGAAGAUUAUACAUUGUAUCAGGAUGCAGUUGGAGAUGACAACAUCCUGGUCCCGCGUGAUGAACUGCAAACGUGGCAGGGUAAUGUGGAUGCAGUACGUGAAACAAUAGCGACUUGUCCCGAUUGCCUGGUUGUCAAGAAGGAUGCUGAUGAGGUAGCUGAGAUGAUAGCAAGGUACACUGGAAUAACAAUGAGAGACGUGAUCGAUGACCCUCGACGAAGAAAAGAGGAGAUCGAAGAACUAAGCGUUCUAGAACAGGUGUCUCCUACAGAAAUUGGAGUACAAGUAGAAGAAGAGGGACAGAUCGAGCCAAAAAUAGAGGAAGCUGAAGUAAUUGAAGAACUAGUAGUUGAGGAAGUAACCCAGUCAAUAAUCAAGGAAGAAAUUCAAGACAUCGAAGAACCGAUAACAGCACAGAAGGUAGCUGAAGUAGAGGCACCACCUGAAAAGGAGAAAACAGUAACACCAACGGUAUCAGUGGUGCAAGAGGUGAGCAAAGAACCUAGUAAAGUUUCGAUACCGCAAGUAGUAUCUAUUAAGGAAGAGACACCAUCUGAGGAAGAGAUACCUCCACUUAUGAAGGAGGGAGUACCUAUUGCUGUAGAAAUCAGUCCUGAAGAAGUGGAAAAAGUACUUGUAGAAGCUGUUAAAACUGACACUGUACCAUCAGCUGAUAAGGAAGAUACUAUAACACCCGUGGAAGUAAAACAAGAGAUAUCACAAGAAGAAAAAGAAGAAGACGUAGAUACAAUAACGAUAAAAGAAAAAGAAGAAGUAGUUGAGGCUGAAGUUCCUAUGGAAAAGAAGGAAGAUGAAGCACUAGUGUCGAGGGAAGAAGAAACUGAAUCACGAAUACUGCCAGAGGAAGAUGAAAUGGUUACAGCACAGAAGAAAGAAAUUGAAGAUGAUUUACUUCCAGAGGUGGAAGAGAAGAAAGCACCAGACGAAGAAACGGUUGAGGUGGACAUGCUUGAAGUAAUGGAAGAGCCAAAAGAAGAAGACAUUGGGGUGGAAUUACUUCCAGAAAAGGAAGAAGAAGAAAUACGCAAAGAAGACGUUACAGUGGAAUUACUUCCAGACGAAGUGCCAAAGGAGGAAGAAGUAGAAAUGGAAAUGCUCCCAGAAGAAGAAGAAGUAUCAGAACCUAAAGAAGAAGGCGAGGAAGAAGCUGAAGUACCCACAGAGGAAGCAGAGGAAACAACAGUACUAGUAGUAGCAGUAAUUCCAGAAGAAGAAGUAGGAAUCGAAGUUGAAGAAGCCCCAGUGCCUGAAGAAAAAGUAGAGGAAGUACCAAUAGAAGAAAUAAUAGAAGUAGAAGAAAUCGUAGAUAAAGAGAAGAUAGAGGAAAUACCAGAAGAAGAGAAAGUAGAAAUGUUGCCAGAAGAAGAGGAAGUAGAAAUGUUGCCAGAAGAAGAGAAAGUAGAAAUGUUGCCAGAAGAAGUGGGAGAAGAACCAGCUGAAGAAAAAGAAGCAGAAGAAGAAGUGACAGAAGUACCUGUAUCAGAAGAGUUAGAAAUAUGUAUAGAAGAAAUAUGUGAGGGACCAUGUAAGGAAGAAAUACCAGCUGAAGAAAAGGAAUCAGAAGAAGUGAUAGAAGUACCUGUAUUAGAAGAGUUAGAAAUAUGUACAAUAGAAAUAUGUAAGAGACCAUGUACGGAAGAAGUACCAGCUGAAGAAAAGGAAUCAGAAGAAGUGAUAGAAGUACCUGUAUCAGAUGAGAUGGAAAUACCUGUGGAAGUAUGUAAGGAAGAAAUAUGUAUUAAAAAAGUAUCAGUACCAGAGGUAUUGGAAGUACCAAAGGUACCAGAAGUUCCAGCUCUAGAAGAAGUGGUUUCGUUUCCUUGUGUCUGUUUCAUUGAACCAGAAGUACCAAAAGAUAAAGAGGCGGAAUUACUUCCUUGUGUCUGUUUCACUGAACCAGAAGUACUAAAAGAUAAAGAAGAGGAGCAAUUACUUCCUUGUGUUUGUUCCUCUGAACCAGAAGUACCAAAAGUUCCAGAUAAAGAAGAGGCCCAAACAUUUCCCUGUGUCUGUUUCAAUGAACCUAAAGUAUCAAAGGUUCCAGUUCAAAAAGAGGCACCUUGUGAUUGUUUCUCCAUACUCGAAGAACCUGCACCAAAAGCAUCAAAAGUUCCAGUUCCAGAGGACCCGACUAAGCUUUGCAGCUGUUUCUUUGCGCUGGAAACACCGGAAGCUCCAGCUCCAAAAAUUCCAACUCCAGAAGUGCCGCUUGUAAUGCCCUUUGUUGCUGUCCUCCCUACAAUUGCUGAGCAGCAAACUGAACCAGAAACCAAAAUCGAAAUCACCCAGACAGAAUUCAGUGCAACCAUGGAGUCCAUCGAAGUGGUCACACAGACAGUGUCCGAGACAGGAACACAAACACCAACGAACAAAUUCACAAGACCUUCUCAGCAACCAAGGAUUAUAACCAUCACGAAGUCAGUGGACCCAGAACUGGAGAUCCUGGACCAACUAACCCGCAGGUUGACACCCAUAACAGAACCAUCCCUAACAAUAACCACUGCCGCGAGUACCCAAACAGAAAAAUCAAGUUUCCUCCAAGUUAAAGCUACAUAUGUUGAUAGUAAACCUCCGAGUCUCCGUAUCUCAGAGAUUCUGCAGUCCCUGAAGGCUGAGGUCGCCCAUCUGAAUGGAACACCCAAGUCUGACCAGGAGCGGGAGCUUAAAUCCUUCCAUUAUAGCAAAAAACCUAAACAGCCUGAACUGGCGAAGUGCAACUGUUGCGUAUGUGGCAAGGACGUUCUUUCAAGUAUAUCCAUUGAUCCAAGGACUCAAAGGCAGUCGACUCAAAGACAGUCGACUCAAAGGCAGUCGACUCAAAGGCAGGACUCAACGGUGAGUUGCGCCCAGCCUCCUCCGCCGACGACGAGGAAGACUGUCACCCCAUAUACAAAUCAGGGGAUGCAAAAUGAGACUAUCUGUCCUGAUUGUAAAAUAAGGAAGCUUCAGGAGGCCUUGAAGCUUCAGGAGGCCUUGAAGCUCCAGGAGGCCUUGAAGCUCCAGGAGACCUUGAAGUCCCAGGAGGCCUUGAAGUCCCAGGAAUCCGUGAAAUCCUCCAAGAAGGAGGUGAAGAAACUCACUAGUGACAAAGAGGUCUGUGCCGUUGCCUCUACUACCCCAAGGGGCAUACCAUUCCAUAGGCUGAAGAAGAAGGUCGAUCAAUGCUGCUCGGCGAAAAUUUCCAAGGCUAGCUCCAAGGAUAGCUCCAAGACUAGUUCCAAGAGUACCUCCAAGGCUAGCUCCAAGGUCAGUUCCAAGCUUGACAAGCCCUUGAGGAAGGAUACAAUGGAUCCUGAGAAGGAGGUGCAAGAAAUUAUGCCUGCCACUGAGACGACAGACAAAGAAUCCUUGAUGCACUGCGUCUGCAGUUGCGAGAUAGAAACUGGAGAGUCUGGAGAGUUCAAUAGAAUGCACUGUGCCUGUGGUGAUCCUGACUGAUCUGGUUAUUUGAUUCUUCAAGGAUGGAUGGAGGCUAAUGUGUCACACUUGAGAAUUCCUCUCCGCUGGGAAUCGUUUCAGUGAAGGUUUCAGAGGAUCAGAGUUUAUUCUGAAGGAGCAUAUUCCUUGAACGUAUUCAGAAGAUGAAUGAAGAAAGUAGGAGUAACUCGUCCAGCAAUGGCUUCUGAGCGACUGAACCCGAUGAUGGAAUCAAACAUUGUCGCGACAAAGAGAACGCAUGGAACCAUUGUGCAGGAUGGUUCUUCUCAUCUGGCUGUCACAUAAUAGAAUUGACUAUCAUUCAGAAAUUAAAUUUCGACUUUGGCUUACCCUCCAUCUGAAGAAGAAACACAAGUGCCCAGUGCAUUGU